AAGCGGAGAGUCCCGAGGCGGGCGACGUCGAGCGGUGACGGGCGACGGCAGCCCGAGGCAGGCGACGUCGAGCGGGCAACGGGCCACGGCCGCCCGAGGCAGGCGGCGCAGCUAGGCGACGGACCACGGCAGGAGGCAGGGGAUAGCGGCCGCGCGCAGGGCGACGGCGGCAAGCAGGGCCCGUCGUGCUCCUUCUAGUCCAGAUCUGACCAACUCCGGCCGGUGUGAUGUUGCUGCGCCGCCUGGCAACGUCCGUCCUCCGCCGCCGCGCCAACGACGGUGGCGCCCUGGCCGCCGUCCGCGCCGAGAUCGCGCAUGAGCUCUCCUCCUCCCAUGCCUCUUCCUCUCCCCCAUCACUCCAAUCGCAGGACAUUCCCGACUUCUCCGCCGUGUCGGACGCGCCGCGCGGGCAGGAGGUACUCCUGCGCCGCCGGGAUGCUUCCGAGGAGGUUCUCGUGUCGGCGCUGCUCGCGCCGCUGCAGUUUGAAGGGGACGAGCCGCUGCCCAGGGCUGCGCUCAUGAAGAUCUUCGUCAGUAAGCCUGGUUUGAAGCCGGUGCUGCGGUUUGACUGCCGCGCGUUUGCAGAUGAAGGUGACGGCAGCGCUGCUGACUAUGAUGUUACUACUGUUUGUUACCACUCAAUUGCUGGUGACGCUGGAGAAGACAAGUAUGAAGGACCGGAGUUCAGAGAUUUGGAUCCGCAGUUAAAGAUUGCACUGAAAGGAUAUCUACUGGCAAGAGGCGUGAACUCCAAACUGGCAAGCUCACUUGUCCAUCACUUGAUUGAAAAGGAGCGCUGGCAGUACGUGAACUGGUUGAAAACUUUAGAAGAAAUGUUCAGCAAAGAUCAUUGAUCCAACAUUUCCAGCAGUGAAGACGAUUGUAAUGUUCCCAGUCAACUGCUCACACUUUUGUUGUGGCAAUGCAUAGAUGCUAGUUUCGUGGAAAGCAAUCGUGGUGCUUAAUUUAUUUUCGUGGAAUGGACCACGAAAUGGCCGAAACUUUGCUAGUAUCUACUCCAUCCAGUUAAAAAUAUUUACCUACUAGAACCAAAUUUGAUCAAACUUCUAAAAUUUCAACCAAAAAUUUAGGUUUAUGAUAUUAUGAUGGUACAUUUUGAGAAGAAUUUAUGUGUAUCUUUAUCUCGUAGGUAGACCAUGCAUUUAAGAAC